AUGGCCCAAAAACGCCCUAGAAAAACCAAUUUCUCCUCGAAGGAAAUCGACAAACUCACUGACCUGGUGCAACAGCAUUACAAAGUGAUUUCUGGCAAAUUCAGUGACACGAUUAGUUUACAACGAAAACAAGCUGCAUGGGACACGAUUACCAAGAAGAUAUGUUCAAUUGCACCAUGCAUCCGGACGAGAGAAGAAGUGAAGAAGAAGUGGGAGGACUUGAAGCAAAAGGCAAAAAAGAAGGGGUAUGAAGAAAUGAAAAAGAGGCAGGUGACAGGAAAUGUUCCAUUUUCUGAUGACGGCGAGAAUAGUGGUGAUGGUUUAAACGAUACAGAAGAGAAGAUCAUUGGCUUGCUGGGUGUAGAUCUUGUGUGUGGCCUUGAAGGUGGGGGUAUCAGCAAGCCAUCCUCCAAAGCUACGAGGCCACCACGGGAAGAAUUGGCAGUGGUUGAUGAUAAUGAUGGUGAUGAUGAUGAUGAUGAUAAUGACGUCAUCCGAAGCCCAACACCUCCUGCCAGCUUUAUGUUUCCGUCGAAAUCGAACUUUAGGGGAAAAAUGCAACAAUCCUUUGACUGGCCAAGAAGCCCAACACCACCGCGGCCAUAUUGUCCAAAACGAGCCAAGAUGAAGGUUGUCCAGUCGGUCAGAUCGAGUAAAGCAGAGGCUGCAACCGUUUCGGCAGUGGAACCAAAGGCAACCACAACGACGCCAACUUCCGAACUUCUGGAAAUUGAAAAAAAACGACUGGUGAUCGAGAAGAAACGACUGAAAGUUGACAGAAAACGACUGAAGUUAGAAAAGAAACGCUCAUCCAUGACAGAAAGGGCAGUAAAGUUGUUGGAGAUACUAGUGUCGCAGGGAAAACAAGAGCAGGAAGAUAAGCCACCCACUCCUACACGACAGAGGAAUCAAACACGUGACAGCUUUGGUGUUUUUGAGAAACUGAAAUUCAAACUGAACCUUCCUAAAAAGGACUGA